AUGGUUAAUAAUCUGUCACUGCGGAGCAUCUUGGAUGUAAAUAAACUCACUGGCCCAAACUUCCUCGAUUGGUUUCGGAACCUCAAGAUCGUCUUGAAACAAGAGAAGAAAUUCUAUGUCCUUGACACUCCAAUUCCACCAGUCCCUGCUACUGAUGCUAGUGCUGAGGAUAAGGAAGCAUAUCAACAUCAUAAGGAUGACAAUGAUCAGGCAGCAUGUGUGAUGCUAGACAGUAUGACCCCUGAGCUCCAAAAGCAGCAUGAACAUAUGGAUGUCCAAUCCAUGAUUCUUCACUUUAGAGAACUGUUCGAUAAAGAGGGGCGCACUGAGAGAUAUGAGAUCUCUAAAGAACUAUUCCGAUGCAAGAUGGCAGAAGGCAGUUCUAUUAGACCCUAUAUGCUGAAGAUGAUUGGUGUACUACCCCAUCUUUGA